AUGAACGGUCACUUUGCUUCGGUUGGCGCUGAGCCGGGCGCUCAGGAUUAUGAGCAUGGCGUCCAGGUCAUCGACGAUCAAAAGGAGUUCAACUCCCAGCUCAAUGACUACCUCCGGCAGGUUCACACUGCCGAGUCGGGUUUCAACUACCACAUCAUUUCCGUCUUUGGUUCGCAAUCGACGGGCAAGUCGACCCUCCUGAACAACCUAUUCGGAACCCACUUCUCUGUCAUGUCCGAGUCAGAGCGCCGCCAGACCACCAAGGGUAUCUGGAUGUCGAAGAAUAAGAAGGAAACCGGCAUGGCAGAAAACAUUCUUGUGAUGGAUGUCGAGGGUACCGAUGGCCGCGAGCGCGGCGAAGACCAGGACUUCGAGAGGAAGAGCGCCCUGUUUGCGCUUGCGACUAGCGAAGUCCUGAUUGUCAACAUUUGGGAGACGCAAGUUGGUCUUUACAACGGAGCCAACAUGGGCCUGCUCAAGACUGUUUUUGAGGUCAACCUCCAGCUCUUCCUCAAGGAUAAGCAAUCGAACCUCCGAUCUCUCCUCUUCUUCGUCAUCCGCGACCACCUGGGGGUUACCCCUCUGUCAGCCCUGCGCAACACCCUGAUCCAAGAUCUGUCGAAGAUCUGGUCGUCCAUAUCCAAGCCCCAGGGCCUCGAAAACUCCCGCAUCGAAGACUAUUUCGAUUUCGGCUUCGCUGCUCUCCCGCACAAGAUUCUCCAGGCCGACAAGUUCGUUACCGAGGUCCAGAACCUGGGAACCCGGUUCACUGCUGGACACCGCAAGGGCACCGGCGACGAAGAGUUCGACGGCGGCGUCUUCCUCCCCGAGUACCACCGACGCAUCCCCGCCGACGGCUUCUCGAUCUACGCUGAGGGUAUCUGGGACCAGAUUGUCAACAACAAGGAUCUCGAUCUGCCUACGCAACAGGAGCUGCUCGCUCAAUUCCGAUGCGACGAGAUUUCCAGAGAAGUCCUCAUCGGCUUCGACGAAGCCAUCGGGCCCCUCGAGGAGAAGCAAGCGGAUGCGACGCGCAAUGGGAAAACGGCUGUGCUCGCGCUCCUCGGCGAGACUGGCAGCGGCGCACGGGACAAAUGCCUGAGGGCGUUCGAGGUCCAAGCCAGCAGGUACCACAAGGGUGUCUACACGAGGAAACGACAGGACCUGGAGAGCAAGAUCGACGCGCGCCUCAAGUCUUUGUUCAUGGCCCACCUCACGGCGGCGCACAAGUCUGGCAUUGAUUCUUUCAGCAACGCCGUGUCGACGGCUGUCAAGGCUGGUCAAAAGUCCGGUGCAGCUUACGAGUUUGCGGAAAUUGUCACCGAAGAAAAGGCCAAGACACUCGAAUUCUUCAAGAAGGAGGCACAAAGUCUUGCGAUCCAAGGCGUUCCUUGGACCAACUUCAAGCCGCAGUACAUGCUCUACGAGAAGGAGCUUGACGAGGUCAGCAGUAAAUUGCGCAAGGAGGAGAUGCGCCGCUUGGCCACGCGGGUCGAGCGCUGGGUCAAGUCGCGACUCGGAGAAGCGGUUGGCGUCGAAUUCAACAAGCUCGGCUCCGGGCGUGCUGGUUCGGGCGCCCCUGAAGAAGGGGACAAGCCUGCCGAAAAGGAUCUCUGGGACCGCAUUUGGACAGUCUUUGUGGACAUUGUCAAGGAGGCUGAGACGAGGUUCUCAGAGAGGGCAAAGUCUUUCGAGGCUACGCAGGAGGAAAUGGAUAUUGGUCUCUGGAGACUGCGUCGCAAGAGCUGGGUCGCUCUCCGAGAAAAGGUCGAAGAGGAGGUCAUGGAGGGCAACAUACUCCUGAAGCUCAGGGAAAACUUCGAGGACAAGUUCCGUUAUGACGAGGUUGGCGUCCCCAGAAUUUGGUCGCCUACGGAUGACAUUGAGGGCAUUUAUACCAAGGCGCGGGAGUCUACCCUGACCUUGGUCCCUCUCUUGUCCAGAUUCCGUCUGUCAAAGACGUACGCGCCGCCCGAUCUCCCCGAGUGGAUCGGCGCUCAGCCGCGCGGUGUUGAGGCGGGCGACGAGGAAGAUCUCACUCCGAUCGGCGGCGUCGACGAAGAGGACGGCAAGAGCCUUGAGGAGGAAAUGACCGUGCUCAGCGAGAGCAAGCGCCAGGAUCUUGUUAUUCGCUUCAAGAAGACGGCUGAUGGUGUGUAUGUGGAGGCGAAGCGAAGCGCCAUUGGCGGCGUGGCCCAAGUACCGCUGUACUUUUACGCCCUGCUUUUGGCGCUGGGAUGGAACGAGAUUUGGGCUGUCGUCCGCAAUCCGUUCCUCUUCAUCUUCCUCAUCAUGCUGGCCGGUGGCACUUAUGUAGCUUACACGAUGAACAUGCUCGGCCCCAUGAUGCAGAUGGCCAACGCGGCAGCGACCCAAGGCGUCGACAUUGGCAAGCAGAAGCUGCGGGACUUUAUCGUCAACUCGGACAUGGCGCGCCAGGGCGCUCAACGUCCCGGAGCGGGACAGCGACUCUGUCCUCCUCGACAGGCUCGACUCCAAGGGCAAGAAGCAGCGAGCUGA